UCACGGGGGUUCACGCGCAGUUUGUGCGGCGCUAAACCUCAGGGAUGACGCUGUUUUUAGGGAUUUUCAUUUUGAGUUAAAAGUGAACUUUGUCGGCAUAAAUGUGACAAAAAUUGAGAGUUGUUCCACUUCGGUGAGGACUUAGAGAAACACAUGAGACUAGAAGAGGCGCAGCACCAUGACAUCUCCACCGAGCAAUGAGGAAAGAAAUCGUCUUCGCCUUCAAGCCUGGGAACAGAGAAACCAAGAGACCAGCCGAGCCAGAGAACAAACCGCUCUCAAUGUGCAUCUUUUUGGACAACCGUAUAAGACAAUUAAAGGCGAUGAGCUUUCUAAUCGGAUUCAGAGGAUGCUUGGUAGUUACGAAGACAAUACCUCCGCUGAACCGUUUAGCGUUCCUUCCUCCUUAGCGUUUCCACUUUCAAACCUCGUUCACGCUAAAUCUGAACCUCCGCAAAGUCUAAAAGGCCCCUGCGCUAACCCUCCUUCGACUCAUGCUUCUCCAAAACACCACUGCGAAGCGGAGUCUCAGAGCUCUAAUCAAAGCAGUCAGCCGAUCCGCUCGACGCUACAAAAAACGUCUCCUAAUGACCUCAACGAAAGGCAGUUCUCCACAUUGGAUCGACUUCAGAGCUACACCACAAAUCACGUCAACAUCCAGGUGUCGUCUAAAGAUCCAUCGUCUCCUCUUAACUGGACUAUCGGUAUGUUACAUUCACAAGCGUUCCAUCCACCUUUGCCGUAUAAACAACCCAAUGCGGCCAUGACACAGAAGCCCACAGCCUACGUACGGCCUAUGGAUGGCCUGGACCAGGUUGCGAGCGAGUCCCCAGAGCUUAAGCCUUCCCCGGAGCACAACACGAGUCUACCAGACGUCGCUCUCGAUAAACCCGCCCAGGGAAAAGGAGACUUGUUGCCGCAGUUUUUGGAAACGAAGACAACUGUGGUUCAAUACGUAGAAGAUAUCUUAAAGGAAAUGACUUGUUCAUGGCCUCCUCUUCUGUCUGGUAUACACAGCCCUCGCCCAGAUGUCAAACCAAAGCCCCAGUGCUCGGUCAAAGAAAUCGAUCCACCUAAACAAGGCGACGCGGUAGAUUCUGUCUGCCCCAGUGACACGGAAAGUAUGAAAUUUGAGACGGAGAUGGAGUUGGAGAAUGGCACAGAUGAUCCCCCGAUGAGCUCCGCCCUCAAAAGUGAGCCAGCGCACGUGUCAGUGGCGUCUGGGGACUGGCAGCUGGAGAAAUUUAUUAAACUCAAGCAACGAGAUUAUAGAAGUAAAAGUCAGUGGGGCAUCGCUCAAAGUCCAAAGCUGAAGGAUGGAUUACAACAACCCACUGUCAGCGUUUUCAGCCCUGCCAGGGAUACUUCAAAUCCACUUUCUCUGGAUCAGAAAACUGUAAACUUCACCACAUCUCAAAAGUCUUGCUCAAGCGCACAGGAAAGCGCCGAGGCCUCUGACACAGUGAAGCCAAACCAAACCAAAAACGAUCGAAACGGAGGCGUCACUGUUCAUUUUGAGUGGACGUCAUCUACGCAAGAGGAAGAAUCCCGAGUGAAAGAUGGAAAAAUGGAAAAGAAUUGCCAUAAACAAAGCAGAAAACGUAGCGUCGUCUUUGAAAAUGAAAGCACUAAGAGCCAUCACAAAGAUAAAGAUAAAGUUUGGCCUGAAGUUUCCAUGGCCCAACAUGAUCAGUGCACGUCUUCUGUUAAAAGCACUUUUUAUUCUGAUCAUGCGUCUCCACCACGUAGCCGUAGCAAACCAAAACCAGAAGCCAGACGCAAAAAAGAUUCCAAAUUACCUCAGAAAGACAAACGUAUAAACGGGUAUUCGCUGGACGGCAGUAAGGACACGCUGUCGUUAGUCGUGAAAAUCGAUUUAAAUCUCCUCUCGAAAAUUCCUCGGACUUCCCGCUCACUUGAAAACGACACGGCGCAGAAAGAUAAUAAACCACAUAAAGAAGUCUCAAAAAGUAGAAAGAAUGACAAAGAAGACGAAUCCUGUCCAAAGAAGAAACAAAAACUCCAAGAACAUAAUCCUCUCCUGCACACGGCUGGACACGAAAACUCAGCCCCAUCAGACGCCACAGAGAAAAGAGGAAAGAAAAAAGAUCAAAACUUAAAUCUUUCGUCACACAAGUCUAAAAAGAACAAGCAGGACUCUGUCGAUGCACCACAGUUAAACCAGUUCAACAAGGAACCAGCGAAAAGCCAAAAAAAUCCCAAGAAAAGCUCAGGAAAAAAUACAGAUGACUCGACUGUGGAAAAGCCUUCCAAGGAAUCCUAUCUGCUUGAGGAUCGGCAUUACCCAGUGAAACAUUACAUCAAAGAAGCAAAACGGCUGAAGCACAAGGCGGACGCAGAGACGGACAAAAUUCGUAAAAGUUUUCACUACCUGGACGCAGCGUUGUUCUUCAUCGAGAGCGGGAUCGCCAUGGAAAGAGAUCCUCAAAUCUCAAUGUCUUCCUACACGAUGUUCGCGGAGACAGUGGAGCUGAUUAAAUUUGUGCUCAAACUUACAAAUUCAAAGGACCCCUCUGCAGCAGAAAAUGACUUGACGGCUUUGUGUUUGAGAUGCCAGGCGCUCCUGCAGAUGGCCAUGUUUCACCACAAACGAAAAACGGCACUUACAUAUUCAAAAACCCUUAUAGAUCACUUUAACAACUCCUGCCAGUCAGCACCACAUCCAUCAGCUUCUAUAAAAGGAAAACCGACCCCCGCGUCUCCGAGCAGCACUCCGCACGGAUCUGCUGUCAUUCCUCAGGACAUCGGACGAGUGGCAUUAACCUACGUCAACAUCACGACGCUGUAUUUGGAAGCGCAUGACUUGUGGGAGCAGGCCGACGAGUUUGUCAAGAAAGGCGGCGGAUUAUCUGCAGAGCUGGACAAAGGAGUGGGUCGUCUGAGUCUAGCGUCCACUAUGAGCUCCAUGGUUUGCUACAUCAGACGAGGCCUUCACUGUCUGCAGAGGAACAGUCCAAAGGUAAAGUGAAC